AUGGCUACCUUAUUAUUUCACAUUAAGGUUCCUAUUAAUUCUCUUGUUAUCAUUGUGUUGUUAUUCACUCAACAUGGCUUAGCCCAGAAUUUCUUUCACAACCCUUUUUCCGGACAAUUCAGUGGAGAAGGGUUCAUUGGUAAUGGAAACCAGGCUGAAAAAGGCUUCUUCUCAUCACAGUUUCCUUUCUUCUCCUUUGGCCAUAAUCCCCCAGCGUCUCCUGGUGACAAUAAUGGUGAUGGUGGUUAUGGAAAUGGUAAUUAUGGUGGUAGUUAUGGUGGUGGUGGUGGUGGUGAUGGUGGCGGUGGUAAUGGUGGCGGUGGCAAAGAAGAUAAAGAAAAACCAAGUCCCGGUGCAAGUACUCCGGCGGACGAUUCAAAUAACGGGCAAUUUGACCCAAAUGCCACGCCGAAUCUUCCGACGAAUUUCAAAGGGAAUUGGACCAUAGUUUCUAAGAAUAGUGGUGUGUCAGCAAUGCAUAUUAUUGUGCUUCCUAACAAUAAGGUUUUAAUCUAUGAUGCCUCAGCUUUCCACGUAUCAGACAUAAAAUUGCCCAAUGGUGAAUGUAUUCCUUUCAGAGAUAAAAAAACUCAUAGACAACUCGAAGAUUGCUGGUCUCAUGGGGUGGAAUUUGAUGUUCUUCGCCAAGGCAAAAUAAGGCCCCUCAAGUUAGAGUAUGAUCCAUGGUGCUCAUCGGGAGGUCUUACAGCCGACGGUAGCAUGAUAGGAACUGGUGGCUGGGACAAUGGAGUCAAAACAGUUCGAUAUUUUAAACCCUGCGACACUUGUGAUUUCGUAGAAUACAAAAAACCCUUGGCCGACCCAAGAUGGUAUUCAACACAGAUAACCGUAGACGACGGGCGGUUCCUAGUGGUGGGGGGUCGGCGAGCGUACAGCUACGAGUUUGUACCGGCGGAGGGAGAAUCAAACGAUAAAGCGACAUUCCUUGCAAUGCUAGACGAAACCACUGAUUUGGACGAGAACAACCUCUACCCUUUCGUCUACCUCUCCACCGACGGCAACGUCUUCAUCUUCGCCAACAACCGCUCCAUUCUCCUCGACCCCAAAACUCACGAAGUCGUUCGGGAGUUUCCCGCCUUGCCCGGCGGCGCCCGUAACUACCCCGCCUCCGGCAUGUCCGCCCUCCUCCCCAUCCGCCUCGAUCUUCACAGCAACACAAACGACGUCGUUCCCGCUGAGGUCAUUAUCUGCGGCGGCGCCAAACAGGAAGCCUACUCUCUCGCAGGUAAAGGCAACUUCAUUCCCGCCCUCAACGACUGUAAUCGCUUGACCAUAACGGACCCUAACGCAGUUUGGGAAACGGAAACGAUGCCGUCACGGAGGGUCAUGGGGGACAUGUUAAUACUCCCCAACGGUGACCUACUGUUGGUCAACGGCGCUCAGCUUGGUACAGCCGCGUGGCAAUUCGCCGAGGAUCCGAACUACGUACCUCUUCUUUACCGACCUGAUCAUCCGGUCCAUAAACGUUUCGAGGAGCUUGAACGGAGUGAAAUCCCACGAAUGUACCACUCCUCGGCCGCCGUGCUCCCCGACGGAAGGAUCCUCAUUGCCGGGAGCAACACCAACGUCGGGUACAACUACACCGCCGAGUACCCAACGGAGCUAAGAAUCGAGGCUUUCGCUCCGCCGUACUUGGCGCCGGAGCUGGCGAAGCGCAGGCCAAAAAUCACAGAAGAGUCGGCGAAGGAAGCAGCGGAGCUUUCGUACGGACAGAAUUUCGAUAUUGUGUUUACGCUAAAGGGACCGAGGACGAGAACGGCGGAUAUCAAGGUGACGAUGUACCCGCCACCGUUUACGACGCACGGGUACUCGAUGAAUCAGCGUCUCGUGGUUUUGGAUAAGAAAGAAGUUAGCCGUGUUUCUAAGGGACAGUACCAGGUUGUGGCUACCGCGCCGGCGUCGGCAGUUUUGGCUCCGCCGGGGUAUUAUAUUUUGUUCGUAGUUUAUCGUGGAGUUCCCAGUGAGGGAAUUUGGGUGCGGAUUAAGUAA